AUGAUCUAAUCUUUUAAAAUAACUAGAAAACUCUAAAUUAACAUUGAUUCAUCAACAUAAAGUGAUUAAUAGAGUACUAAUUUUCAAUCAGAAAGAAAUCUACUCAUCUCAACACCAUCUUUGCUUUAGAAACUUAAAUUAAAACCUAUUUAAGAAUUCUCAAUUAUUACUUAAACAAAUAACCAUUUUUAAAUGAAGUCCUCAAUCAAAACUAAUCCUUCCUUCUAGUUAAAUGAUAACAUAGAUUAGUUAAAAUAAUCAUGUUUAAGGUAAAAUUAGAAAAAAGUGAGCUUCUGUGAUAAAGUCCUUAUCAUUGAAACUUAAAAAGGAGUUAUAAAGAGGGAAAGAAUAUCCACAAAAGAUGAAUAAUAAAAUUAUUCCAGAACACCAAAAAGAAGAAACUGCAUUUUAAUUCAUCCUUAAUAAAGAACUUUGAAGACCUGCUAGUCAAUUUUUAUUGAUCAACUUUGA